UUCCAGAAACCCAGUUUCAACAACAAUCGCACGUUCGCUGUUCUCUCUCUCUCUCACUCAGAUUGUAAUUUGCAACUUGCAAGUAUCUUUCUUUGGAUUGCAGGCCGCCGGCCCCUCUCUCUACAUUUCUCUCCGUCUGGCAGCGGUAGGAGGAAAGGAGAGAAGAAGACCGCCUUCACUCCCUCUACCUCUUGUACUUGUAGCCGAUGCCAUUUGCUCAACUCGAGCGGGUAUCCAUUGUUUCUGCUCAAUCGAGCGUCAUAGUUCUCAGUUCAGCUGCGGAUGGAACCGAUUCCAGCGGCUCAAGCAAUGAAAUGGUGCAUCGAGCUCGAUAAAGGCCUCCGAUCGAAGAAACCAGGGCGUGCUGUUGAGGCAAUUUUGUGUAUGGGGCCUAGGCUUGUGAGGUGGAGUGAGGAGUCGAAUAUCCCAGCAUCUAUGGCCCAUAUGUUUGGUUUGGUCCUGGGGGAAGACAGAGCCUUUGCAAAUGCGAUUAUCCUUCGUCUUGCAGAUGCGUUCAUGUCUGGUGAUAAGAUCAUUAAAGCUUCUGUUUUGAAGGUUCUUCUGAUGGAGAUGAAGUCAAGAAGAAGGAGGGGAUCAAGGUAUGAUGGUAUUCUGGCCAAGAAGAGAGUGCCUAAUCAUAUGGAAGUGCUCAGAAGGAUUAAGGUUGUUUUUGACAAGGGCGACGUGGAAUCGAGAGCAUUGGCUUUACGAGUGAUUGGCUGCUUUGCAGACUUUGGAAAGGAUAGUGCCGAGAUACGUUAUAUGGUAGUGUCCACGCUGUUGGAGUCGUCGCAUGUAAUGGAGCUAAAGGCUUCAUUGUUUGCUGCUGGUCACAUUUGUGAAUUGUCAGAGGGCUUUGCGUUUGUUGUGUUGGAGAUGGUGGUCAGCCUUUUGGCUUCAAAAAGGGCAUGUUAUGCUGUAAAGAGGGCAGCGACACAUGUUUUUGCUAAAAUGGGAAGUUCGUAUGCCAUUGCUUGUAGAGCUUAUGAGACUGGAAAAAAAUUGACUAUGGAUUCUCAAAAUGCUGAAAUUGUGGCUGACAUGCUUCUAGCACUUACAAAACUUGCUUCCAAAUCAUCAGUUCUCAUUUCUGACCAGAUGGAUUUGCUCCUUUCAUUUCUGAGCGUUGAUCUGCCAUCCGAUUCACAUAUAACAGCAUUGAAAUGCUUUUGGCUUCUUUCACCGAAAGCAAUUUCAUGUAUUCCUGUUCAUGAGAAUGCAUUGAGAGCUCUUCUUGGACUUUUAGAGAAGGCUGAUAGUCCUGUGAAUUUGCGAUGUGAGGCCAUGAGAGUUUUGCGCAAGAUUUUCCGUUUUUCUCUACCAUCUCUGGAUCAGUCUAUUGUGGUUGAUUUGAUAAAGGUUGUAGAAAUUGCUGCUCGUUCUCAUAAUCUGGCAGUCAAACAUGUCGCUUUUGGCCUUCUAGUGGAUCUAGCUUUCUGCAUUAGGAAGAUUAUCCCAGAAACUAGGUGUGAUAAAUUUGAUGAAUGCUUGAUCAUGUCCAAGUGCUAUCAAACCAAUCCAGAAAGCACAAGCCCCUUAUCUGGUGAAAAUAACCUACAAAUUCUCCCAUGUCGUCUGACACUGUUGAUAAUGGAUGAAAUUACUUUGCUUUGUGAGAAGGGGGCUGCUGAGAUCAAGUCAGGAGUAGCCAUAUGUGGAUCAAAGGAAGAAUUGCAUGGGGAGCUAGAGCAAGAAUUUCAACAUUUACUUGGACUUGUUAGGGUUCUCAUGAAGGAGUAUCCUAUGGUAUCUCACCUAGCACUUUGCAGGGUCAAAGGCUUGGUAGAAACCUUGGUUGGUGUUCAAGGAAAAUUAAAUGGUGAUUCUGUUGUCAUUUUCAAAGAAAUGAGCAAAGGCUAUGAUAAUCAAGAAAAUUCUCAAUCAUCUAGUGGUGAAGUCUCUACAAUUGAAGGAAGGAUGCUGGAUUCAUCAAUUGCAAGUCUGUUGUUUUCUUUAUGCAGAUUUUCUUGCACAUGUCUUGAUUUUCUUGAUGCAGCCGAUGCCAUUGAUGCUAAUAUUAGCGAUACUGUUAGUUUGCUUAUGGAAUGUGUCUGGAAAGAUAACUUCAGUCAUAAUUCUGGGACGUGUAUGAUCCUUUCAUUCUUUCUGCAUUUUCAUGUAAAGCUCAAUUUAUUGAAAAAACCAAAUCAGAAUUCGACCUUCAGCAGGCAUGAAUGUCUGAAACAAAAUUCCCAGAAUAGUUCCUCUUAUUCGGUAGGGGCAAUUUAUGAAUAUGACCAAGUUGAUGGGCAAUCACAAGUUCAAAGUUCAAGAGGGACAUCUCUUCACACAAGGUUGAAGGUGGGUGUACUCUCCAGUAGGCAGGAGGGACCUGAAGGUUUUAAUCAACCAGAGAGCUGCCAAUGUCUGGUCGGUGAUGGUGGAAAAAGGACUGGUGGCCUGACAGAAACUAAUCAUGAAAAUGAUUGCAUGAAAAACUACCAUGAUUCUUUCUGGGUUAAACAUGAAUGCUUCACUUUGGAUUUUGCAAAAAAAAUGAUUAGGAAUAAGGAAUUUUGGAUAGUCUACAAGAUUGGUAAAUAUGCUGCUAUUAAAGGUGCUUGGUUUGCAACUUCAUUCAUAUUCAGCCAGUUGCUUUGUCCUGGAGGAGUGCAAUCAGAUUCUUGUUAUUGUUGGUUGAGAACAGUUUCAGAUUUUACCUGUGCUGAAAGUGAACUCCAUAGCCUCUUUUUUGAUGAAAAAACCAUCCAAUUUCUUGACUGGGUAAAGAUAAAUGACGACAGGAACUUUAGCAGGAUAUUUGCAAUGGAAGCCACUGAUUUUUGCUCCAAAGUACCCAACAUGCAAGAAUAUGGAAUUAAAAUUGCAGAAGUGCACAGAAAAAUUUGUCUUGCAGAGGUAAUGUUAUCUACUGCUGCUACAUUAGAACCUACUUUUUAUUUUCAGAGAUGGUUUCUGAAGCUAAGAGCAAAGACCCUUGAAUAUUUGUCGGACAUGUUAGGCAUGUUGGAACUUUUCACUUGUGAUAAAAGGAGCGUCAGAAAUGAAGAACAUGCUGAAAAGAAUGUCAGGAUGAGCUUUCACAAUGCCCAAAUUGUGGAUGCACUGACAUAUCAGCUCACUCACGUGUCAUUUCAGUUCAGAAGUUUAGCCAAAGAGUUUGAUCUUCUAGCCAUGUCAUUCAUGGACAUCGACAUGGAAAGCUUUAGAUAUAUCUCGAUUCUUGCACUUAAUUGUUCCUUAUUAGCCUUCUGUGCUGCCUUUGUUGUCUUUUUUCCUGAACUGCCAGAUAAUGAAUUUGAUGUGUUGAGCUCUAGGAGUUCAAGAAAGCAGCUUCAUGCAAAGCUGGUACAUGAUCUGGCUGAGCGAUUGUGGCAUGCAGAUACAGAGAUCAGUGAAGAACUGUUUUUGUUCUUAAGAACUUUUGGGAACGUAUUCUUCUUGCCUUCUGGAACACAGUUUUUUAGCUAUGACUAUGUCUUGGGGGGAUCACUCGAAAUUUGCAGGUUUGCUAUACCACGGGUGCUUAGGUUGCAAAAGGGUGCAGUUGGGGAAAACAGUAACAUUGACCGAGUCGAUCCAGUGAUGACUGGGGUGGACCAUCUGUCAGAAGUAUUGGGAAGAUGGAUUCACCUGCCUUUCCAUAUCCCAAGCUUUUUUUUCCAAACAAGGCGUUGUAUUGGUGCGGAGAUCUUUUCAAAUUCAGGAAGCAAGGAUUUUGUACAGUCGACUGCUCAAGGCUGUUGGCUUCAUCUUAAUCUCUGCGUUCAAAUGAAAAACGUACCACCUAAGCUGCAUACUGGCAUUGUGAAGAUGUUCUGCAUUGUUGCAGCUCGACCAUCUGAUUGUCUGGUAGAUGCUGAGGAUGUGAAACAAGUGAGUGUAGGUUUUCAAGCUUGGGAGACUGAAGAAAUGAUGAACUUAAAUGAAGAAUUACUGCAGUAUAUGAGGGGUGAGGCUUCUGGCAGGACAGCUGAAACGGUUGAAGGGCUUGAAAAAUCAGGUUUUGUGAAGUCAUUUGCAAGUUCACGGCCUAACCAGAACGUGCAGGGUUUCUCAACAUGCAUGCUUGAUGUGUCUGCUUUCCCGGUGGGCACUUAUCAGUGCAGUUGGCACUCUUGUUGUGUUGACAGUAAUGGUCGUUGUUGGAGCCUCUUGCCUCUAAAUUCCGGACCCAUUUUUACAGUAAAAGAGACGUAGCAU